AUGGCACCUCUAAAUGUGUUGAUGGUUGGCACUGGUGAAUACACCACGGGCUUCGUAGGUACAGGAGCAUCCGAGUCUGACAAGAAGGUCGGUGUCGUGGGCCUCACGCUGUUUGACCUGCGACGUCGCGGCAAGGUCGAUAAGCUGGCCAUGGUUGGCGUCAACGGCUCCAAGUUUCCCGCCAUUCGUCAGCACUUGCAUAGAAACAUUUCGCAAGUCUACAAUGGGCUCGACACCUCCUUCGACAGCUUCCCGGCCGACGACCAAAAAGACCCAGACGCAUACAAGAGCGCAAUCGACCGCCUCUCCCCCGGCGACGCCAUCACCGUCUUCACCCCUGACCCGACGCACUAUCCCAUUGCCCUGUAUGCCAUUGAGCGUGGCAUCCAUGUGCUCCUUACCAAGCCCGCCGUCAAGGAGCUUUCCCAUCACCAGGACCUGCUGCGCCGUGCCCGCGAGAGGGGCGUCUACGUCUAUGUCGAGCACCACAAGCGCUUCGACCCGGCCUACUCGGACGCCCGUUUCAAGGCCAAGACACUCGGCGACUUCAACUACUUCUACAGCUACAUGUCCCAGCCCAAGUACCAGCUCGAGACGUUCAAGUCGUGGGCCGGCCGGGAGUCGGACAUCUCCUACUACCUCAACAGCCACCACAUCGACAUCUGCGACUCCAUGGUCCAGCAGCUGGGCUACCUCCCAGUCAAGGUGUCGGCCUCGUCGUCCAAGGGCAUCGCUACGGACUUGGGCUGCGUCGCCGACACGGAAGACACCGUCUCCCUGCUCGUCACCUGGGCCAAGACGGGCGACCCUUCAAAGCGUGCCGUCGCCGUCUACACGUCCUCGUGGACGGCACCCGAGCGCGCAGGCGUCCACACGAACCAGUACUUCCACUACCUGGCGUCUAAUGGCGAGAUCCGCGUAGACCAGGCCCAUCGCGGCUACGAAGUCGCCGAUGACGCCGCCGCCGGCCAGGUCCAGUGGUUCAACCCCUUUUACAUGCGCUACGCGCCAGACGAGGACGGCAACUUCAACGGCCAGACGGGAUACGGAUACAUUUCGCUCGAAAAGUUUGUGGACGGAUGCGCAGCCAUCAAUGAGGGACGCUCGAAACCCGAGGACUUGGAUGCAAAGGGCUUGCCGACCCUCAGCAACACCAUUGCCACAACGGCCAUUCUGGAAGCCGGCAGACGGAGUAUCGACGAGGGGAGGGAGGUUGGCAUCGGGAUCGAGGGAUCUACUUGGAAGCUGGUGUGA